GACCAGCAUCCCGCAGCCUGCCUGCGCUGCUCCGCCCGCCAGAGAUGGAGCCGCUCCCGGCCCUCCUUGCUUAGGAUAUGUCAGGGUUGUCAGGGCAACUGUGAACGGCAGCCUGUCGUGUUCUCCUCCCUGUGCCGGGUGCGGACCGCUUUACUGUGCAGGAGCAAGAAGAAGGCUGGGAAAGGUGCCACAGCAGGAGGGGGACGCUGCGUCUGACUGAGCAGGGUAGGCAGUGGAGGGAGGCGUCCGACCCUGCCUGCCUUUAAGAGAGCUUUUCUGGAAGGAGAGUGAGCGUGUGUGUGUGUGUACGCGUGUGCAUGCAUGUGUGUGCGUGUGCUCAAGCCAGUGCGCGUGCCUGCAGGACGUCAGCGUGAGGGGGCUGGUGGGGGCCGCUGUAGGUGAGGGGAACUGCAGGGCCUCAGUUGCCAAGUGGCUGGUGGCAUCUGUCGGCUGUUUGCACACUGUUUCCCCGUGGGGGAUCCAUUACGAGUGCUCAGAUGAACCGGCAGCUUAGGGACUAGCAGCUUCCUGGGAGCUGCAAUUACAUAAGCACAGAGUUUUAACAUAAGAAUAAUUAAAAAGCAAGUACGGCGGUAUGCCUGGACCAGCUACUGCUCUCCGACAAGAGAGGCUGAAGAAGACCAACGCAAGGGCAGUUCCGCUUGGUUUGUUCACCAUUAAUGAGGAAGAUGAACAGCAAAAGAAUGGGAAUUCCAGAAGGCUGAAAGCCCCAGACAGCUACAAAGUGCAGGAGAGGGGAGCGGCGGCCCCCAGCCAACCCUCCACAGCUGCCUCAGGCCAGAGCGGCAGCCGCCCAGGAUCUAAACCAGACCCCCCGCCUGUGCUGCGCGUGGAUGACCGGCAGCGGCUGGCCCGGGAGCGCCGUCAGGAGCGAGAGAAGCAGCUCGCUGCGAGAGAAAUCGUCUGGCUGGAAAGAGAAGAGCGAGCCCGGCAGCACUACGAAAAGCACCUGGAAGAGCGGAAGAAGAAGCUGGAGGAGCAGAGGCUGAAGGAGGAGCGCAGGAGGGCUGCGGUGGAGGAGAAGCGGAGGCAGAGGCUGGAGGAGGACAAGGAGCGCCAUGAAGCUGUCGUACGGCGCACGAUGGAAAGGAGCCAGAAGCCAAAACAGAAGCAUAACCGGUGGUCGUGGGGAGGCCCCCUCCACGGGAGCCCCCGCGCCCACAGUGCAGGUGGUUUUGUUGAGUCGUCAUUCACCCUUCUCGAUUUAGCAGGCCUGGACCACCACGUCACGACUUUUGGUGGUACUAGAAAACCUGAUCCAGACAGGCGAUCAGUUUCCACCAUGAAUCUUUCGAAACAUGUUGAUCCCGUCAUUAGCAAGCGGCUCUCCUCUUCAUCUGCAACUUUGCUAAAUUCUCCAGAUAGAGCUCGCCGCCUGCAGCUCAGCCCAUGGGAGAGCAGCGUUGUUAGCAGACUGCUGACGCCCACCCACUCGUUCCUGGCCAGAAGUAAAAGCACAGCUGCCUUGUCUGGAGACGCAGUCCCCUGCACCCUAGUUAUCCCCAUUUGUCCUCGUUCAGCAUCUUGCAGCCCCAUCAACAUCAUGCCCUACAAAGCUGCACACUCUAGAAAUCCGAUGGAGCGACCAAAAUUCUUUGUAACGCCGCCCGAGGGCUCUGCGCGGAGGAGGACUGUCCAUGGCACAGUGGGCUCUAAAAGAGAGAGGGAGCGAGACAACGUUCCCUUCCACCCGACAGCUGGCGUCCGAAGGGCUCUGUCCCCAUCACAUCCGAAAGCCAGGCCGCCGGCUCCCUCACGACUCUGGCUCCCAUCCAAGUCCUUCCCUCACCUGCCCGGCACACCCAGACCAGCAUCCACCCUGCCUCCCGGCUCAGCCAAGGCUGCACCCUCGCAGGCCUGGCCCCCCUCGCCUGGCAACAUCCGCCCUGUCAAGAGAGAAGCUGGGGUGCAACCUGAGAGAAAAGAGCCUGAGGAGGAGCCUCAGGCAGUCGCCAGUGAGCCCUGGCCAAAGGGCAGAGCACCCCUAGUUAAGGUGGAGGAAGCCACAGUGGAAGAGGGGACACCGGUGGAGGCAGAAGCCACCCCGGCUGCUCCAGCCGCAGCCCCGGCCACCACCUCGGCCCUGGUCCCAGCCCCAGCUUCAGCCCCUGCCCCGGUCCCAGGCCAGCCAUCCACUGUGACUGCCAGCACUUCUCCUAAGACCUCUGCAGGCACCACCGACCCGGAAGAGGCCACGAGGCUGUUAGCUGAGAAGAGGCGGCUGGCCCGCGAGCAGAGAGACAAGGAGGAGCGGGAGCAGCGCGAGAGGGAGCAGCGCGAGAGACAAAAGGGGGAGGAAUUGGCUCAAAAGGUGGCUGAGGAGAGGAUGCGCCGGGAGGAGGAGUCGCGGCGGCUGGAAGCUGAGCAGGCCCGCGAGCGGGAGGAGCAGCUGCAGCGGCGCCAGCGCGAGGAGGCCGCGCGCGCCCAGAGGCAGAAGGAAGAGGAAGCUCGCGUUCGAGAAGAAGCAGAGAGGGCCCGGCAGGAACGGGAGAAGCACUUCCAGAGGGAAGAGCAGGAGCGCCUGGAGAGAAAGAAGCGACUCGAGGAGAUUAUGAAAAGAACCAGGAGAGCAGACGCUGCAGACAAGAAAACUGUUGAUCAGAGAAAUGGAGAUAUAACCAAGGGAACCCUCACUGUGGGAGCAGCGGUAUCUGUGCUUCCGUGUGUCACGAAUUCUCCAGGGAAUGCAGAAUCAGCGGCCAGCCCAUGCGAGGUUGCCUCACACCCGUCGAAGGUGACUGUGGAGAGUACUCCCAAUUUGGAAAGACAACCAAAUGAAAAUGGAGUAUCUGUUCAGAAUGAAAAUUUUGAAGAAAUUAUAAACUUACCCAUUGGAUCUAAACCAUCCAGAUUGGAUGUCACGAACAGCGAGAGCCCAGAAAUUCCUUUGAAUCCAAUUUUGGCCUUUGAUGAUGAAGGGACGCUCGGGCCCCGGCCUCAGGUGGAUGGUGUUCAGACACAGCAGACAGCAGAAGUUAUAUGAGCAUUUCUUCUGAAGAGCCAAAGCAGAAAUUUAGUAAGAAUGUCUACAAUUCCUGGAGUCCCUUCCCUGCCAUAAAGGAGCAUGCCCCUCCUCCAGUUUUCUAAAGAUUUCUUGACGAUCAUUUUGAAAAGACUCUAUUAAAACCAGCUAAAGACAACAGACUGGAUAGCUUUUCUAACACUUUUCGCCAGUAGAGAAGAGAAAUGCUCCUUAUUCUUCAGUGCUUUAAAAUAGCUUUUUCCACUGUCGUCCUUCUUAGCAAAUCAAUAUUUUUCUGCAUUCUCUAAAAGAUGAAAGCAUUUGGCUCUAAAAGAAAUGGGCUGACUAGGCAUGAUUUUUCACAUAGAUAUUUUGGUCUUAAAAGCUAACAUGUAAAAUUGGCACAAAAAAUUCACCUUUUAUAAUUUAAUACUUGAAAAAUUAAGUACCUCUUAGCUCUACAAGUAGAGUGAGUAGGAGAGGUGUUUAAAUUAAGCCUGUUUGUUUAAAUAUUAUUGCAAAGAAGUCUCUUUGUAGAGAUAAAUUAUAGGCAGAUUACCAGGUUCUUGUAAAUGCAAUUUGUACAUGGACAUUCUGCAGACCCAGCUGUCACAUUCUUCUUGCAUCUCCUUUUUGCAAAAGCAUACUAAACAGUUUUAAAAUAUGAAAAAAAAGUUAUUUUUUCAGAGCAAGAAAAUAAUUUACAUUCCUCUUAAAUAAUGUAUUUAUAAAGUUCUUCCAGAUAUACUAAUCAAACAAAUUAAAACAAUGUGGCAACCUUGCAAAUUUGGUUUAUUAGAUGCAUUCCUUAUGUCACCAUGAGAGGAUGUCACGACGAUUCAGGGCUCUUUCCGAAGUCUGUAUAUUGCUGCUGUCCCCAGUGGUGGUGGGACUUAUCUUUGCCUUACCUGAUCACAAAUUAUGUAGGGGGGAAUACAGAUUUAAUAUUUCUUUAAAUAAAAAAAGAAUUUGGUUUUGCUCGUUUAAGAGCAAUGGGAAAAUGAUGGAAUGUCGACUGUGUUUGGCACACAGGAUGCUGCAGGAUGCCUGCACAAGUGUCCUCGUUCUGCGUGGCGUCCGUCACCUCUCACUGUUCAUUCUCCUUCACUUUUGCUGCUGAGUUAAGCUAUACAAACUUGCACUUUCAUAAAUAAUAUAAUUCAUUCAAUUUUAAUAUAAAUUCAAUUUUACAAUGUUAGAGACUACUAAAACUAAAUAUUGAAGGAGAGGGCCCACAUGGUUUUAUGUGGAGUGUUAAAAAAAAGGGUAAACUUCGACCACUGUAGUGUGUUUGUGUUAUGAAAAGACGGAUUGGUGAGUCUGCUGAAUGAGGGACUGUUCAUUUAUUGGACUGUUUCCUUAAACCCAAGCGUGUCAUCCAUAAUGCCAGCUGUAAUUUGUUAAAGCAUUAAUUUGGGGUUUUCCCUGUUCUCAGUUGUCCGUGUCCACAUAGUCAUAUUAAAAGAGAUCUGUUUAACAAA